AUGCUGGCACAACAAGCUAAACAGUGGUACGAGGAGGACAUGGUAAAGUAUCGCGCGGCUGUCUAUGUUCCCGUUCAAAAGAAACCCGCUGGAGCGUUGUCCAACCCGGCAACCGUUGAUCUGACGGAAACAUUCGGUCUCGACGCUAACUCCGUUUCCUGUGCCGGAGGCGGCGAAAAUGAAGCCGAGUUAGAGGACGAAGAUGAUGAUGAACCCGACGAAGGGGAGGAUGAAUAA